AUGACUCACAGAAAUCAGCAUGAGCAUGCUCGCCAGAACGUGAAAAAGCAAAGCAACUCAGGCAAUGGAAAACACCAGGUUGAUGGGCUCUCUGCCACUGCCUGAAAGCAAAGGAACUCACAGAUCAUGUAAGAGAAGCAGAAAAGGAAAAAGGCUAGUAAGAAGAAGGAAGAGCCCAAGUAA